GUUCGGCUACCCAUGCGAACUUAACGCUUCCCAUUGUUUCCAUUGGAGGUCCUUAGCCAGCAUCAUGGAGAAGGUCGUGGCGCAGGCUCUCGCUGCCACCUUGCGUGGUCUGGACGAGACUAUCCUUGAAUACAUCAGCGGUGCUGUAGCCGACCAGCUUGCGGACGAGGUCCCCUCCGAUGCAGCAACCCUGGAAGAGCUGUUGGUCGAGAGCGUGGCUCCUUUCCUUCUGAGCACGAGCUUCUGCGAGGACGAGGAGGCCGCCUCCAAGCUUUGCGCGUCGUUAGCCUCCAAGUUGCUGGCCAGUCCGGAGCUUCAGGCGGCGGGCCCGCAAAAAGACGCGGUCCGCGUGCUGGAGAACACGCAGAGCAUCGAGGAGCAGGCGCGUAAGGAUGAGGGAGCGGCCGACGCCGAGCAGUUGAUGGCCCGCAUGUGGGGCUUCGACAAGAUCCGCAAGACCACGAACGACGAGCUGGAGGCGCAGCAGUCGGCUCUGUCAGCGCGUCAGGUGCGCAAGCAGAUCAAACUGGAGCAGCUGACGGCCGAGCGCGAAGAGGAGCAGGCCGAACUGGACCGCGAGUGGGAAGACGCUCGUUUCCUGCCGGAUCUGACGCAGGACAACGGAGAGAGGGACAUUCACGUGCCGAGACUCACUAUCAACUUCAAGGGCAAGACGCUGCUGUCCGACACGGCGCUCAAGAUCGUGGCCGGCCGCCGCUAUGGUCUUGUGGGCAAGAACGGAGCCGGAAAAACCACUUUGCUCCGCUACAUUUCUCACUACGAACUCGAGGGAUUCCCGAGACAUAUUCGCAUCCAACUGGUGGAGCAGGAGUCGGCUUCGAAGCUCAGUAAGGACGACCGCAGUGUCCUUGAGGUCGUACUGGCCGCAGACUAUGAGCGCUCUAUGUUGCUGCAAGAGGAGAAGGAACUGACGGCCGAGGAGGCCAAUCAAGGGGCCGACCACAGUGUGAGACUCAAAGAGAUCUACGACCGCCUGGUGGACAUCGACUCAGACACGGCCGAGUCUCGCGCGCGCUCCAUCUUGAGCGGCCUGCAGUUCCCCGACCACGUCGUGGACGGCCCGGCCAAGGCUCUUUCCGGUGGUUGGAGGAUGCGUACGGCGCUGGCCGGCGCACUGUUCAUGGCUCCGGACUUGCUGCUGCUCGAUGAGCCCACGAACCACUUGGAUCUGGAAGCUGUGAUCUGGCUGGAGCAUUAUCUGGAGAAGUACGAGAAGCAGAUGAUCGUGGUGUCCCACGACCGGAACUUCCUGAACGCCGUGACCACCGACAUCGUGUAUUUGACCAACCAGAAGCUCACGUACUACAAGGGCGACUACAACACAUUCGAGAACACGAUGAAGGAGAAUCUGCGUCAACAGCGCAAGGCCUACGACGCCCAGCAGAUGAAGAUCCAGCACAUGCAGGAGUUCAUCGAGCGCUUCCGGGCCAACGCCAAGAAGGCUCCAUUGGUGCAGUCUCGUGUCAAGGCCCUGGACAAAAUCUUACGCAACGAGCUCAUCGACGAGCCUGAAGAUGAACACGCUUUCCGGAUGCACUUCCCGCCCCCGGAGCCACUGGGCCGACCCAUCAUUGCCGUCGAGGACGUGGGUUUCCGGUAUUCUCCAGAGUCGUCCUUGCUGUUCAAGGACGUGCACAUUGGCGUGGACAUGUCGAGUCGUAUUGGUAUUCUCGGUGUCAAUGGAUCGGGUAAGUCGACGCUUAUCAACAUUAUGAUCGGCAAACUUCGGGCCACCGAGGGCUCCGUGACGAUGAACCCGCGUCUGCGUGUGGCCACGUUCACGCAGCACCACGUCGACUCGCUGGACUUGUCCAAGUCCGCUGUGGAGAACAUGAAGGAGCUGUUCCCUGGCCACGAAUCGGACGAGUUCCGCUCGCACCUCGGCCGCUUUAACUUGUCGGGUGAGCUGGCUAUUAAGCCCACGCGUACGCUGUCCGGUGGUCAGAAAUCUCGUGUCGGCUUCGCGCUCAUGACUUGGCGUCUGCCGCACGUUGUGGUGCUGGAUGAGCCAACGAAUCACUUGGAUAUGGAGACUAUUGACGCACUCAUCGACGCUCUGCGCGAGUACAAGGGAGGUGUGGUGAUUGUUUCCCACGACCAACACUUUGUGCAGAGUGUGUGCGAAGAGCUGUGGGUUGUGGGCGACCAGAAGGUGGCUCGCUUCCGAGGCACGAUGGGCGAAUACAAGAACCGCGUGUUGACCAAGAAGUAAGUGAGUGUAUUAUAGACCCCCCGCGCUGAUCGUAGCAGCUCGUGGGGGCUAGACCAACUAGACCGAAACAAGUAAAUCACGUGCUCUCUUCUCUACUUGUUGGAAAUGAUUUGAAGAAAAGUUGGGACUUUUAUCGCAAAGCUGACAAGAUGUACACGCCUAUUAACUGAAGUUCCUGGUGGUUAGCGAAAACUGGAUGCCACGUGUCUUUCGAAUGUAUCGAGCGAUAAUACUACGUAGCACAGCGUUAUGAAGAUCGUUUGUAAGACGACGGGCAAAUUGCUGCAUUUGAAGCGAAUCUCUGCUUAACAUUGUUUCGGUACGUGAGGGCGACAUGUUUGCUUCUGGAAACUCAAAUCUGGAUAGUCUAAUUGACGCUUGGGCUGUGAAGUAUAACUUGUCGUUCAUCGUGAGUCUCCACGCGCAUCAGGGGAGCCAGACGGCUACGAGCACAGCUCUCCUGUGACCGACCGGUAUCAGCAACGUGGGUGGGGGCGAAUAUUCACAAUCCCCUCGUGUUAGCUAUUUUCCUGGCAGCGCUUCUAGGCUUGGCUUUGAUGAACGAGCUACAGUCUCCAGACAACCGCACUCCCUUGCAGAAUUACUACAUCGAGGUGUGCAGGUAAUUUCGAGGCACCGGUAACAAGUGCAUUGCUUACUCGUAACUCCGUUCUUAAGGCUACCUCAAACUCUAACGAGAUACCCUAACAAUAAAUAGGCGAUGCGAGCCCUCUCAAUAAUUUAGCCUGAUAAUCUUGGAAGCGAUAGAGAUGACGAUGAACGCGGCGACGUACCACUAUCUCGAUUGCAGAUUGCGAGUGUGGGUAAUUGAUCUAUUGAACUGCAAAGUCCAGUACGUGGUGACGCACUUUCGAUUCGUUUUGGAGACGAUGUUCUAUCUCCAUACAUUGGUGACAAUGUUGGUGAGAGAAGGCGUGCAGGGUUGUCCGUACUCAUACUUUUGCGUUUGGUAACGCCAGUCUUGGUACUGUUGCCAGAUUCAGAUUCGCCCAUGAACGCUCUUACCAAGUCCACGCCGUAAAUCUCUUCUAAACAUUUAUCGCGACUUGAAAAUAGCGCAUCUUUCAAGAGCUGUGCAGCGCCGUUGCCUCGGUUGUUAUUGCUUGCUGCAGGAUCAUCCGAGUCUUUACCGCGACGUCGAGAUUCUGCUUGGAAUCGCCGCGAUUCAGCGAUCAGCCAGUCUGCAUCCACAUUCUCUGAGAUAUUGACAACCAAGAUAGGGGCCGCAGAUACUGUAUCCUCCACACCGUAGCUGGUACUUCCAGAGCGAUUAUUAUCACGUGCGAAGACCUCUAUCCUCCCGUCAUCAGUAACCGUAACACUUUUCAGACCAUUCAAGCCAUUAGUGGUGCUCUUACUGGGGAUAAGCGUCUCAAGUCCUUUAGCCACAACACGAACACCAUCAAGCGAAACGCAGUUAUGACGAAGAUCAAUUUCUCGAAUUUUGGCCAUAUUGAUCUCGACAUUGACAAGUCCAACCACCAAUUUCUUAAGAAACACAAGUAAUCGACCCAUCCCCUCGCUUGUAAUUCGGUUGUAGCGCAAAUCGACGCGUUUCAGCCUUCCCAGACCUUCACUGUCCAGCACCUUCAAAAUUGGUCGCAAAUCAUCAUCUACAAGCCAGCACUCGCGCAGUUCCAAGCAGUCCGAAGAAGGCCAAACUAUACCGUUUGAAGAUACAGCUUUACCAAAUAUGUCUGCAUACUUAUUCACGAG